AGCCAUGUGAGCAGCACAGGAAUGUCAGACUGAAUCAUCAGCAGCACAUCCAUACAAUGCGCCUUUAUAUUCUGUCUGUGGCUGAUGGCGACUGAUAACAUUGACGUGGAAGUGUUUUUCGUGAGAGAAACAAGUUGGGAUUUGAUUGACGCAGAAUUCUUGGUUGCAGGCGGAGCAACUGAAAUGGAGAAAAGAAACCGAAACCUAAGUCUCCAUUAUAAACAAAAGAUUUACCUGGAGUUUUCUUUUGCUCCGUCCAGCAGGUUUACAUCGGCAUAGCAGGCUGUACGAUGGACACCAGGGAAGAACUACAACAGCUCCUCUCAGAGUAUGUAGAAAACACACUCAACUACAUCCAGACAGUGAGAGACUUCUGCGACAAGCAACCAAAAUGGACCCUUCAGAGAGAAACAGAGCUGGAGAAUAUGAGAGACAUCAAGGACCAAGCAGACCAAGUCAGUCUAAAGUUUGACCAUGUUCAGCGCUCCGAGAACAAGUUCAAGGCUUUUGGGGAAUUCCUGUGGAGUGGUUUAACUCAGGUCACAGCUGAGUCCAGAUAUCAGGAGCUAGAGAAGAAUCUGGGUGCUGUCCUGAAAGACACCCUCGAGGGGCUGGAGAAACUUGACCACUUUCUGGAUGCAGUGGAGAAGCUUAGAGUCACAUCGCUGUUUGUGUUUACUGGACGAAGCUUCUUGCCAAAAGGAGUGAGUCCAGAGAGUGUGCGAUCGGUCAUCACAGCUGCCAGAAUGGCCUCUCCUCUUCUAAUUCACUUCAAGCGAAAUGCAGAAACCUUCUUCCUUCCUUCACUCAGUAAUCUAGACGUCCUGACCUUUCAGCUGGACAAAUACAUACGAAUCACUGAACAGAUUUGUGAGAGGAUUGAGAAAAAAUCCAGGAGUUUUUUGUGGUUUGAAGAUGUCUAUAGUUGUAAAAAGAGUGACCCUCUAGUGAAGUUCAGUUUGAACUUAAGUGAGGACUCCAUGCAAAACAUGCUCAAUCAUUUGAAGCAGUUGUGCAGUAUAAGGAUGGAUCAGAACAUCCGGCUGACCUUCAUUUUUCAGGAACAUGCUCAGCACUUCAUUGGUAUAUUCAGUCAGCGUUGCUCUAGAAUGGAGCAGUUCCUGACAGAUCUGGAGGAGAGUGCAGUUCAGCUGGACAGGAUGAAGAUGGGCGCCAGUAUCUCCACUGUGGCUGGCAGUUCAGUAGGGGUGGCUGGAGGUGUUUUGUCCAUCGUUGGUCUUGCUCUCGCCCCUGUAACAGCAGGGGUGUCACUGGCUCUCACUCUGACAGGUGUUGGUCUUGGGGUGACCAGUGGCGUCAAUAGUUUAGUAACAGGCAUCACUGAAGCAGCAGUCAACAACCAUCAUGGGAAAAAUGCACAGAACAUUUUCCAGAGAUACAUGGAUGAUGUUGGGAAGAUACUAGACUGUCUGGAGGUGGCCAGUAAUGAGGAGCGUUUGGAAGGGCUUGAUACUGUAGACGUGUCUUCAGCAGGAAGGUUGAUUGCUCGUGUUGGAGGAGUAGCCAAAGGUAUUGAUGCUAUAAUAGAUGCAGCUUCAGCUGUAAAAGUGCUCAAAAGUGAAGAGGUGAUUGCGACCGCAGCUAAGGUUGGACUACAAGAAGCACAGAGCGCUCGCAGCAUUCCUAAACUAGCUGCAGACCUCCCUGACAUUGGACAGCUGGCAAAAGGGACCCCCCUAGCUCUUACAAAGUCUGCUAGAGCUGGGUUUAUCACUCUAAAUGCCCUCUUCAUUGGGCUAGAUGCCAUUUUUAUUUGCAAAGAAAGCAUAAGUCUGGCUAAGGGCAGUAAGAGUGAUGCCUCUCAGCUCAUUCGCUCCAGAGCAACUGUGUGGAAAUCUGAGCUGGAGGCCUGGCAGAAGAUCCAUGAUUCCUUAUGCAUUGGAAUAUGGAGAUUUAGGAAGAGCCAGGAAGUGUUAGAGCAACUCUUUUUGCCAUAAAAUAUUAAAAACCUCUACAGGAGUUUGAAUUAGCAUCAAGCUUUUGCAUUGAAUGAGCAACUAUUUUGAACUGCCAAUUGACCUGCUCUUAUGGAACGCUAAUUAGUUUAGCUGCACAACACUUGCAGACUUGUUCGAUAUAAUAAUUUAUGUCUGUAAAUAAAGCAUUUUAGCAAAUAGCAAUGCACUAGCAAUGAAUGUUUUGAGAGUUAAAAAUCAAUAUACUGUACUGGGUUUAGUGUAAGCUUAAAGCUGUUUAUUCUGUGUAUAUGUUUUACAUUGUAAAAUCAACUGUAGUUUUAUGGAGUUAAUCUAGGGCCAUAUAUACUUACAAAAUAAAAAUGUUUUGCAAACAAAAAAUAAAGUAUUGAGCAAAAAUAAAUAAAUAAAUGCAAAUCUCCAA